AUGGCUCUACAGGAGGAGCGGACUUCCAGUGCGGACUCAACUGUUGCUGCUGUGGAUGAAGAAACUGCAGGCCCAAUUCCCAUUCAGAAGCUUGAAGGCUCUGGAAUUUCGGCGGCUGACGUUAAAAAGUUACAAGAAGCAGGAUUCUAUUCCGUUGAGAGCAUACAGUUUGUCCCAAAAAAGGCUUUGCUCGGUAUCAAGGGUAUCAGUGAAAUGAAGGCAGACAAGAUUCUGGAUGCUGCCAAGAAACUGGUUCCAUUUGGCUUUACAACGGCUACAGAGUUCCACCAGAAGCGUUCGGAAAUAAUCCAGCUCACUACGGGCUCUAAGGAGUUAGACAAGCUUUUGCAAGGGGGCAUUGAAACUGGCUCCAUCACUGAGCUCUUUGGUGAAUUUCGCACUGGUAAAACACAAAUUUGUCACACCCUAGCUGUUACAUGCCAGUUACCCGUUGAUAUGGGAGGUGGUGAAGGCAAGUGUCUUUACAUCGAUACGGAGGGCACUUUUCGACCAGAGCGGCUUCUCGCCGUCGCUGAACGCUAUGGAUUAUCGGGGAGUGACGUCCUUGAUAAUGUCGCCUAUGCUCGCGCCUACAACACAGAUCAUCAGAUGGAACUCCUCAUCAACGCUGCCGCGAUGAUGAGUGAAUCCAGGUACGCUCUUCUCAUUGUGGACAGCGCGACAGCCCUCUACCGAACGGACUACUCUGGUCGCGGUGAACUUUCCGCCCGCCAGAUGCACUUGGCUCGCUUCCUCCGGACACUCCUCCGUCUGGCCGAUGAGUUCGGUGUUGCUGUGGUGAUCACCAAUCAGGUUGUUGCUCAGGUGGACGGUGCAGCGAUGUUUUCGGCAGAUCCGAAGAAACCUAUUGGUGGUAACAUUAUGGGGCACGCUUCCACUACUAGAUUGUACCUUCGAAAGGGUAGAGGUGAGACGCGAGUGUGCAAGAUCUACGACAGCCCCUGUCUGCCAGAAGCGGAGGCAAUGUACGCCAUUCUGCCCGAUGGGAUUGGGGAUGCCAAGGACUGA